GCCCCGCCUCCUUUCACGUCCCGCAGACAGCUCCGCCCUCUGGUGACGCUGCGUUCGCGGCCCCGUCGGGAUAAACGGCGCGCGAGAGGAAGAGGCGGCGGUUGGGAAAAUGGACGAAUAUCAAAGCGGAGAGGAGACUGCAUUUAUUGUUGAUGAAAUAAGUGGUAUUAUUAAAGAGUCAAUAGAGACUGCAAUUGGUGGAAAUGCAUAUCAGCCAAGCAGAGUUAACCAGUGGACAACUAGUGUGGUGGAACUCUGUCUAAGUCAGCUCACCAAACUGGGCAAACCCUUCAAGUAUAUUGUGACCUCUGUGAUAAUGCAGAAGAAUGGAGCUGGUCUGCACACAGCUAGUUCCUGCUACUGGGACAACAAUGCUGAUGGGAGCUGCACUGUGAGAUGGGAGAAUAAGACCAUGUAUUGUAUUGUCAGCGUCUUUGGGCUGGGUAUCUGAAAUCUUGACUACUGCUAGAUGCUACAUUCAACCUUCCUUCAAAGACCAUGACUGUGAAGCACUAUAUAGUGUAACUAGAAGGCAACUAGUUACUAUAGUACACCCUUUGUCCAGUAUAUCUCAUCUUCAGUAUUGCUUUGAUGCUAAGGAUUUUUGUUUUUAUCUGCCAUCAUUUUAAUUCUAUGUUGCACAUAAAGAAACAAGCAACACUUUUCAUGUAAAGUUGUUGUUUAAAAUAAAUAUGGAAUGUUUAAUUUAAACUUUAA